AAAACUGUCUAAUCAAAGAGCAAAGAUGCAGAGCACUUCAAAUUACCUCUGGCUGUUGUCUGACAUUCUAGGACAGGGAGCUACUGCCAAUGUUUUCCGCGGACGACAUAAGAAAACUGGGGAUUUAUAUGCUGUCAAAGUAUUUAACAGUAUAAGUUUCCUUCGUCCUGUGGACGUUCAGAUGCGAGAGUUUGAAGUAUUGAAGAAACUAAAUCACAAGAACAUUGUCAAAUUGUUUGCCAUUGAAGAAGAGACAACAACUAGACACAAAGUACUAGUUAUGGAAUUUUGCCCAUGUGGGAGUUUAUAUACAGUUCUAGAGGAGCCAUCUAAUGCCUUUGGUUUACCAGAGUCUGAGUUCUUAAUUGUUCUGAGAGAUGUGGUGGCUGGGAUGAAUCAUCUCCGGGAGAAUGGAAUAGUGCACCGUGACAUCAAACCAGGCAAUAUCAUGCGUGUUAUAGGUGAAGAUGGUCAAUCUGUUUACAAACUUACAGAUUUUGGUGCUGCAAGAGAACUUGAAGAUGAUGAACAAUUUGUUUCUCUCUAUGGCACAGAAGAGUAUUUACAUCCUGAUAUGUACGAGCGAGCAGUUUUGAGGAAAGAGCAUCAGAAAAAGUAUGGAGCAACAGUUGAUCUGUGGAGCAUAGGGGUGACCUUUUACCAUGCUGCAACAGGGAGUUUGCCUUUCCGACCUUUUGAAGGACCUCGUAGAAACAAGGAAGUGAUGUAUAAAAUAAUCACUGGAAAGCCUUCUGGUGCUAUCUCUGGAAUACAGAAAGCAGAAAAUGGACCAAUUGAAUGGAGCUGGGAGAUGCCUAUUUCUUGUAGUCUUUCAAAGGGUCUGCAAGUACUGCUCACACCUGUGCUUGCGAAUAUUCUUGAAGCAGACCAGGAAAAAUGCUGGGGAUUUGACCAGUUCUUUGCAGAAACAAGUGACAUACUGCACAGAAUAAUAAUCCACAUCUUUUCACUACAACAGAUGACAUCGCACAAAGUUUAUAUUCACAGCUAUAAUACAGCAGCUAUAUUUCAUGAGUUGGUCUACAAGCAGACAAAAAUACCAUCUCAGAAUCAAGAACUAAUAUAUGAAGGUCGGCGUUUCAUACUGGAACCUGGCAGAUUGGCCCAGCAGUUCCCCAGAACAACUGAGGAGAAUCCUAUCUUUGUAGUAAGCAGGGAGGCUGUGAACAUUGUCGGAUUAAUCUAUGAAGAAGUUUUACUUCCUAAAGUACAUCAACGUUAUGAUUUGGAUGGGGAUGCCAGUAUGGCUAAAGCAGUAACAGGUGUUGUAUGUUAUGCCUGUAGAGUUGCCAGUUCUUUGCUACUUUACCAGGAACUGAUGCGAAAAGGAAUACGGUGGCUAAUUGAAAUAAUCAAGGAUGAUUACAAUGAAAUGGUUCAUAAAAAGACAGAGGUUGUCAUCAGGCUGGAUUUCUGCAGAAGAAAUAUUGAGAAAGCUGAGAAAAUUUACGAGAAUUUGAUGCAGAUCAACUUGGAAGCAUCAGAAGUGGAUGAAAUUUCAGAGAUACACACAAAACUGCUGCGUCUCUCCAGCUCUCAGGGCACAAUAGAAACUAGUCUUCAAGAUAUCAAAACCAAACUUUCUCCUGGUGGUUUACUGGCUGACACUUGGGCAAAUCAGGAAGGCAUGCAUCCAAAAGACAGAAAUCCAGAAAGGCUGCGAGCACUGCUGAGUUCCAUCACAGAUAUUUAUUAUCAGUUCAAAAAAGACAAAGCAGAACGAAGGCUUCCUUAUAAUGAAGAACAAAUUCACAAGUUUGACAAGCAGAAGCUGUAUUUGCAUGCCACAAAAGCCAUAGCUCUAUUCAAAGAUGAAUGUGUUCGAAAGUAUGAUACAUUUUUGGACAAGGCUGAGGACUGGACAAGGAAAAUGCUUCAUACAAGGAAACAGUUACUGGCUCUCACCAACCAGUGUUUUGAUAUUGAAGAAGAGGUAUCCAAAUACCAGGAUUAUAUAAAUGAGUUACAAGAUGCUCUGCCCCAGAAAAUGUUUGCAGCUUCCACUGGGAUGAAACAUACAAUGAAUACAGUCUAUCCAAGUUCAAACACACUAGUGGAGAUGACACUUGGUAUGAAGAAACUAAAGGAGGAAAUGGAAGGCGUUGUUAAAGAGCUGGCUGAGAACAAUCACAUUUUAGAAAGAUUCGGUGCUUUGACUACGGAUGGUGGCCUGAGGAACGUGGACUGUGUUUAG